UUUUACGGCUAGCACUGACUGAACAUUCUCAAAGUUCUAUCUACCAUACAGUAAAGAAUGGUGUCAGGCUAACAAAUCCCACCCCUUAAAAACAUGCAAGCUAAGCUUUGUUAAAUGUUGUUGACAUUAGAUUUGUUAGCAACAGGAAGACAAAUUUGGGAAGAAGAUGCAAGGCAAAUAUGCUGAAGCCAGUGAAUUCUAACAGAUUCUGCUGAUCUGACUGGUAGAACUGGGGGAUAUGCCGUUAUGCCAUUCCUUCUUCUCAACCUUUCCAGGUCACCUUGAGGAAACCUACCUAGCGGAACAGCCACACACACUAUCACAAAACUGCCAAGAGAGCCAGCUAGGCCACGAGAAAGCCUUGCCAUCAAAUCUGAGAAGCUUGGCUGGCUGGCUGCUGCUUUUUGGAGUCAUCGCCUGUGCCGCCCCCAGCAUGAUUAUAAAGAUGUGAAAUUUAAUAAACAUGAAUUAAACAUUAAACCUCCCUCCUCCGCUGGUACAAUUUGUGCUCCUUCCCAAUCAAAUCUGUUUUGAUUUGGGGCUAUUAUGGUGCAAAAACCUGUAAUUACCAAAUGCUCAGAAAUCAGCCUCUAGGGAGAGCUUAUGUCCCCACCUGUCAGGCAUAGCGGCAGGAAUACAGACCGCAGUUUAUAGACUUUUCGGGGCAUCUUUUCUUUUUAAAGCAAAGCCUGUUUGCUCAUGGCUGUCAUAAACCUCCAGACCAUGCCUGUUAAUAAGAAUAAAUGAAGCUGCCCACAGGACAUUGUGCUGCUGCUGGAACAUACUGAGGGUUUGCCAGUUAGUAAACAGGCUUUGGGGGAGUGCCUCGGACUGAGAGGUGGCCUACAGCCAAAGCUCAGUCAGCUGAGUUGCUGUUUGUGGCCUGCACUGCUCUCUGUUCCCCACAGGAUUUUCCUACUGUGUGUGAAGGUGUUUCUUCUUUCCUGCAGCUGGCCCCCCUGCCCAUUCAUUUCCAUCUAGCAAUCUCUACAGCUGGCCUGCUGCCACCCCGGCAGAAGUUGCCUAGGAUGCAUAUUCUCUUGUUUUGGAGCACUGUGAGUGAAUACACUCAUCUGACUCCCGCUUGGACUCGCACAUAGCCUGCCUGGCUGCAGUAAACAGAGCAGCGAGAGAAUGGCAGCGAGGGAACGGAGCCCGGCCUGGCUCACAGACACUUACUUGCACACAGCUGAGUGGGCCAGGCAGUCCUCUGCACACAUACACACAAACAAGCCUGUGCUUCUACAGCUGGAACACAGUGGGUUGAUCAUUAACUCAGAGGCGGCAGCAGCAGCAGCAGCAGCAGCAGCGAGGCAGUUUAAACAAGUCGAGAAGUCCCCAGCUAAUUAGCAGCUCCCAAUAUGGCAAAUGACAGCACAGAUGAACUGACAGCUGAGGAGACACCAGAGGCUGAACACAUAUAUGAAACAGUGAUAUGCCUGGACAAAGCAGAGCAGAACCAAAGGCUGGCUUUGGAGGAGCUCAUCAACACAGAGACCAGUUAUGUGCAGAACCUUCAGCUGUGCAUUUCAGAUAUCCGUAAUCACCUCCGGAAAAAGCAGCUACCUGAGAUUGACCUGGAAGGACUUUUCUCCAAUAUAGAUGAUGUCCUGCACAUCUCCAGACGUUUCCUGAAAGGACUUGAAGCUGCAAUGAACCAGGAGCAUGAGCAGCUCUAUCGUAUCAGCACCUUAUUCCAAGAGCUCAAAGAGGAGAUGGAGAAUGCCUAUAAAAUUUAUUGUGGUGACUAUGAUCAAGCUCUUCUACUGCUGGAGAUUUACAGGAAUGAGCCAAGGCUGCAGAAAGAGAUUGUGGACACCCUGACUGCCACAGUGCCUCACACUGGGGCUUCAGACCUGAGCUUCUUCCUGGUGAUGCCAGUGCAACGGGUCACGAAAUACCCACUGCUGCUGCAGAAGAUAUUGGAGAAUACCCCAGGCAGCGCCAGUGCCUAUGGAGCUCUCCAAGCUGCAGCUGCUGCUAUGGCAGACGUCAAUGCCAAUAUCAAUGAGUACAAAAGACGCAAGGAAGUAGCAAAUAAAUAUAACAAGCCUGGGUAUCUGACUCUGCGGGAACGCCUGGCUCGCCUCAACCCCCACUCCAUUGCCAAGAAGACCACGCGACUGAGCCGCCUCUUUAUGCAGGAGGCUGGAAUUGUGCCUAAGACAAAGGACAAGGAGUUUGACACACUGGAAGAAAGGUUCCAAGAAUUGUCAUCAGCUGUAGCCGAUCUGAAGGAGAAUGUGGCCUCUUUCCUGAGCAACACGGAGGCGUUCCUCAGCUAUAAACCACAUGAGAACGAACUAGGAACAGAAGGAGGGACUAUCCAACAAUAUUGCCAGCUUGCAGGAAAACUCCACAGCACUGUCUUUGCUGAGUUUAGGAGACGACUGGAGCACCUGGUCUACCUUCCACUGGUCAACUUGUCAGAGACUCUGAAAGGGCCUCAAAAACUGAUCAAGAAGCGCUUGGACAAGCAGUUGGACUAUGAGGAAUUUGAGGAGAAGAAGAACGAGACAGGCAGUGUGACAUAUGAAGAGGAGGCUGCCAUGAAUACCUAUCUCGCCAUGAAUUCGCUGCUUGUGUCUGAGCUGCCUGUGUUCAACCAGGUGGCCCUGCAGUGGCUGGGGCAUAUUCUGCGUACCUUUGUGGCCCUUCUGAGGGAUCUGGCCAAACAAGUUCUCCAAGAGACAGAAUGGGAGGCUGCCCAGCUACCACACAGACACCUCCCUGCACCUGAUUUUGGGAAGAUGGUGAAGGACACUUUAAGCCAGGCUGAAGUUCAGCUCUGCUCCUACUGCAAGAAAUUUGAGACUGUUAUGCCAGGCUCUGUUGCAGAGGAGCCUCUUAGCCCUGCAGAGGAGAGGAAAGUCCAGUCGCUCAUGAGCAAACAUGGCCCAGAAAAGCUAUAUCAAGUGACAAGCAACACCAGCGGCAGCAAAAACAUGGACCUGGUGUUGCAGAGGGGGCAGAUUGUGGCUCUCUUGCAUGACAGGGACACCAAGGGCAACACUAACCGAUGGCUGGUGGAUAGUGGAGGACCAAGAGGUUAUGUAUCACCUGAGAAACUCCAGCCAUAUCAUCUAGUCCAAAACCAAAAACCCAGAAUGCAGGUGUCAGUCCCAGGUGGUGGUGGUGAACAGGUGUAUCACCCUUACAACUUGCCCCAAGCUCCCAGCCCAGCACUUCAUUUCAGGACACAGGCUUUACAUGUAGUUGCUGGUUAUCCAUUCACAGCCAGGAGCAGUCAUGAGGUCAGCUUGCAAGCAGGUGAGCCAGUGACUGUGUUGGAACCUCAUGACAAGAAGGGAUGCACAGAGUGGAGCCUGGUGGAGGUGAAUGGCCAGAAGGGCUAUGUGCCUUCCAGCUACUUGGUGACGGUGCCUAUCCCAGAACCACCUGGAUGGGGCUCACCUGCUUGGCCAUAUCCAGCGCCGCAGACAUAGCCAUAAGGAAGUGCUCAAUUUCAGAAGUUAGCUGUGCUGUCACAUACCUGCCCUUUCAAUUUCCUCCAUGGAGCUUUUCAUAUCAUGCAGUGAGCAAAGAGGCAGGCAAAGGGACCAGCAGUUCCGUGGAUUGGCAUGAGUGCCAAGGAGGGAUUCAUGUCCUGCACAUAUUGAAAAGAUGUGAUUGGAUGUGGGUGUGCGGCUGCUCACAGUGGGCUGAUUUUUUGAAACUGUGUUUUCUUGACCUAACACCACUGAUAAGCUUCUUCUACAAGUAUUUUGAGGGAAUGUUCUCAUACAGAUGCAGCCUUAGGCUCAAGAUCACUACACCAUUGGCUUUACUUGAUAAAGGGAUGUUCACGUGUGUUAAGUAAAUUACAGGGACAACAGACUGAUGUAUUCCUCCCAGGAUAACCAUCUCAAUUGGCAUCAGCAGGCCACCUAAAAGAGAUCAUGUGUCACAGGGCAAUUGAGUGCCUUUUUUGCUUUCGUUGAAGUGAUGUUCUGCUUUUGACACAACGUUAGUGGGGAAACAGCCAAAGAAACUGGCUCAGUGUUUUCCACUGAUGUGCAUGUCUGCCACCUCCGAAGAUGCUAAGCCCAGUCUUGAUCUCUGAUUAAAAAAAAGCUUUAAUAAAGUAGGCAAAGGUGCUGUAAUAUAUGUUUGCUGGAGGGAGAAUCAUAAUGUAUUUAAUAAUUAGGCAUCCUCUGAUAGGCAAGGUGAAAUAUCUGGAGCAAAGUCAGAUAACAAAGUCACAGGAGAGAAAGCAUGAUAACUUUUAUCUUUGGGUGUGGAGCAGUUGUCUACCUCUAGGAGAGAAUGCAAAGUAUUAUUGGAGUUGCGAGGAAGUCAGGUGCCAGACCCUAAGGUCUGGUUUGUACAAAACAUUAUGAAUAUGAGACCUUUAAUUCUUUUUAGUUUGCUUUCCUUCAGAAAGAAAAGUGAAGGCAAAAAGAAACAUGGACUGAGGUCCUUCUCUAGGCUUAUGAACAAUAUAAUGCAAAGAGCAGAUGCAUAUUGCUGGAUGGGGCAGAGCUCCCAGACUAGCUUCCUGGGCAGGUGGGUCUGUUUCUUACUGGGGGAGAGAGCGAGCUGGUAGGGAGGUCAGUGUGGUGCAAACACACAGGCAGGAAUGCUGGAUUGGCUCCACAGGUGUAUUUUAACAGUGCUAACCUCCCCAUCACCUUAGCCCUCCCAGUAAACAACAGUGACCCACUCACCUGUUGAAAAGAUGACAUAGUAGUGCCACCCCACCUGGAGACCCUCUUCUGAAAGUUAUUAUUCUACUGUGCUGUUUUACCACAAGCACAGAAAAGAAUAAACUAAGACUAAUGAUAAGAAUAUCAUCACCCAUUCUUUGGAUGCUGCUGUUGAUGAUUUCUUUCUUGCCCUUCUCCAUAAGGUCUCAGGGUGUGUUUUAAUAUAGAAAUACAAGGGGUGGGAUUCGGCUAACAAGCCCUGUAAAGUGGAAGUAUGUGCAAGGACUUCUGUUUGUGCAAUGGGGCUUUUCUCCCACUCCUCUCCCCUCAUGCCCAUGUGCCCCCCCCCCAAAAAAAAUUAUCCCAGGGAGGAUCUGGGAUAAUCCCCCAGAACAUUGUGAGGGGAGAAGAGGGGAGGAGUUGCUCUAUCUGGCAAGCCAAAAUGCUUGUCCUGAUGGAAUGAUCGCUUUGGUGCAGCGCUGAGUUCCUCUCAAGAUUAAAAUCAGUUAAAGCAAUAUACAGUCAGUAGAAGAGGGUGAGUCUUUAAAAUAUAUAUCUCAGGUAUCAAAGGCUAGGAUACUGAGGUGUGUCUUCAGCAUAAGCAGGAGAACCUGGAGCGAGGGAAGCCAUACCUGUGAGAUCACCGUGGCCUACAGGUAUGCCUAAAUAUAGAUGUACUUUCCAUGCCGCCAGUCAAAAGAAUAUGCUCAUCCUUCCGACACUCAUGUCCUCACGACCAUCUCAGAAUGUUUUUGGCACCAGCACUGAAAACCGAUGUCUUCAUUGACCUGAGCCAUCAAGACUAUGUGAAACAUUUAGAUGUACUAAUGCUCCUGUGUGUGGCUGAUAAUGCAGCUUAUGCUGUUUAAAAAUUUAGCAGGGGCUCUUCAGGUGUAGCUCUUGAAAAAUGCAUGGGAUUGCUCUUUGAUGUACAGCAUUUUAUGUGAGCUGGAGGACAAAGGAAGUGGAAAACAUUAUGUUGUAACUCACCCUUAAUAGAAGAGCUUCUCCCUUGGGUUCGCACUGUGCAUCCCAGUGCACAGGCAGAAGUCGCUCCACUUUGUGAGAGGUUGGUGGGAUGGCAGCCAAGCGUGGGUCUUCCUUCCCAAAGCUUCCCUUGGUUUUUUUUAAAACUCCAGUUGCUACUCUGUGUUCAUGUGAACCUUGAUCCUCAUCACAACACUAAUGGCAAUAUCUUGGGAUAUCCCAGUCAUAUGAAUUGAGUGCGAAAUAUCUGAAUCUUACAUGUGGCUGGCAGCAUUCUGCAAUCUGUGGAUGCACCUAAAUAAAGUUCCUAAUUUAAUUUGGCACCAGUAACCACAGAUGAUGAGCCUGCUCCAAUUCCUGUUUGUAGGGGCUAUUUCCCUCCUGCAGUUAUAUUUAAGGCACUUUAUAUUUACAAUGGCUGUUUUGCACUGCAUUAAUUUGCGAGAAAUAAAGAGUUGCUCCUCUACUCCAAGAUGGCUUUGAGUUUUGUUUUUAAAUUGUGAAAUCAUAUUACCUGUGUUGGAUACAUGCUUACAAAACUGUUCCUUCCAGUAAUCAUGCCUGCUUGGUCUUCAUGCUCCGUGUACCAGCAAGUUCAGAGUUUCACCGCCAGAUGGCUCAGCUACCUCAUUUGUCAAGUGAAAACGUGCCAGACAGUCCUAGAACUGGCUGCUCGCCUUAUGCUUUGGGUGCUGAUUUUAGAGGGCAAAAUUUUCUGCUUGUUAUCCAUUUCCCCAUAGGUAGGGUUUUAUUACUUCUUGAGAGAGUCUCAUACUUGCUUCUAGUGAACCACCUCUUAGUGUAGCUUAAGGGCAGGUUUUCAUCUGUACAGCAUCUAAGUGGGAACAGAAUAUUGUGCUUCAUCUACCUGCAAGCCGUAGGUAGUACCAAUGCCUCUUGCAACAAAGCUGAUGUAAAUUCAUUGAAAGGGAGAGCUGGGGGCUAUGAGGGAAAUCUAGUAGCCACUACUAGUAUAAGUAGUGAGAGAGAGCAGGGUGGGGAAGAAGCAGAGAGGGAGGAUGUUGCAUCUGUAAAGUCACAGGUGGGUGUUUCUGAUAAUAGAUGUGACACCAGCAUGCAGUGUACAUGCCUCUUUAGUUGCCCCUGAAUCACUACAGCAGAACAGGGUGCACUACAAAGUCAUAUGUAGAGUGACCCUGGGCCAUGCAAGGAAGGAAGGAAGGAAGGAAGGAAGGAAGGAAGGAAGGAAGGAAGGAAGGAAGGAAGGAAGGAAGGAAGGAAGGAAAGGACAGGGACACGAGAGGAAAUCUGUUGUUCAGAACACUCCACCAUAAGUAACGUCAUAACUCCCUUCCCAGAUGCAAGAUGUCAGGCUAGGAUGCUUUAUGCUGCAAUAAGAUCCAGAUCAGGACUAUCACAUUUACCUUUAGGGUGAGCAA